CAGCAAUACUUAAUUCAAUAAUACCCUCUACAGUCGGUCGCUACCCAUUCAGUCAUCUUACAAUAUCAAAAUGAAGUUCUCAGUCCCAGCCCUCGCCCUGGCUUUCGCCACCGUCGCUGUCGCUCAGUUCGACGAGCCAUCUGCUCCAUUCUACCUCGUCUUGGAGUCGGACGAUGCGUCCGUCAACAGCAAGACCCUCACGGCAUGCCAUGAAGGUGCUGCCAUCGAGGGUUUGUGCCUCAGCGACGCACUCGACUCAUACCCGACCGGCCAGGCCCCAAGCACUUUCCGCUUCAACUCUUCCAGCAACAUCGACCCUCCCGCUGAAGGUCUCGGAAGACCAGGCUACCUCACCUAUCUUCUCAUUGGCAACGACUUUGAAGUGUCAUCCGGAUUACAGUUCUUCGCUGACCCUUCCACGAACGUCGGCCACCCUCAAUUCUACCCCGGACCAGACGGUGCUCAGACUCUAGCAUUCGACACAAAGAACUACUUGACCGUUCAGACCUACGUCGACGAUACUGUAACUCCUCCUAAGCCUGGCGACUUCAAGGCCAUCGAGAGGUGGUUUGCAUGCACCACCUACAGCCAGUCCUACACCAACGACUCCUUGAACUGGGUAUACGGAAAGGCCGAGCCCCAGAACCCGUCUUGCAAGGCUGUCCGUGUCAAGAGGAUUUUCACUGGAAAGCGCGCUGCUUAGACAGCUCUUCGAGAAUAGGUUGCAGGCGUCAAACCUUUGUGAAGUCUUAACGCAACCAGGUGAAUAGGCGAAUGUGGUCGGGGAUACGAUAACAUAAUGCCGG